AUGAGAAAAUCAAUCGUUCUAUCCACAUUGCUGGCAUUUGGCUGCUACUUGACUGAAGCCAAAUCUUACAAUACCAAGGUCGUCAUCUUGGGUGGUGGUGUCAGUGGAAUCAGCGCUGCUUUGAAUUUGACAGCUAGUGGUAUAGACGAUAUCAUGAUGGUGGAAGCCAGAGAUACAUUAGGUGGCAGAGCGCAGGAUGUUCCGUUUGCAGACGUAAAUGUUGAAUUGGGCUGUAAUUGGGUUCAAGGUUUAGGUACCAACCCCAUCAACCAAUUGGCACUCAAGUACAAGCUUCGCACUGCUGUUACUGAUGGAGAUGAUGUUGUAUUUUACAGCGAAAAGGGCAAGAUCAAUGCCACUGAGAGAUACAAUGACAUGAACAAUUAUUACGAAAUCAUGACUGAAGAUACAAUUAAAAGAGUCAAGAAGGAUCAAGUCGAUCUUGCUGGUAAUGUUGGUCUUGAUAUUGCUGGUUGGUACGCCAAAGAUGCCAUUGAUGAAGCUAUUGAAUACUACGUCUGGGAUUGGGAAAUGGGAGAAUCUCCUGAACUCUCUUCUACCAUCUUCACCGUUGUUAAUGACCAAUGGACUUAUGGCGAGACAAGUUUUGGCCCUGGUAGUGAUGGCGACAAUUUCGUGAUUGACCCUCGCGGUUUCAAGUACAUUUUCCAAGAGGAGGCCAAGAAGGUCUUUAAGCCCAACGACAAGCGUUUGUUGCUCGAUACUACUGUCACCAAGAUUGAAUACAACGACAAAGGUGUUACUGUUCAUACCAAGAAUGGAGACACGAUUCAUGCUGAAUAUGCCAUCACUACUUUCAGUAUCGGUGUGCUGCAACACAAGGACAUUGAAUGGAGCCCCAAGUUACCCGCAUGGAAACUGGAAGGCAUCUACGGGUUCCACAUGGCUACCUAUACCAAGAUCUUCAUGAACUUCCCUACUCAAUUCUGGGAUAACAAUCAAUUCACUGUAUGGGCUGAUCCUGAUCAACGUGGUUACUACAAUUCCUGGCAAAACUUGAACGCUGAAGGGUUCUUGCCCAAGAACUCUUCCAGCAACAUCUUCUUUGUCACAACAACCCAAGAUUUGUCUUACCGUAUCGAGGCCAUGACGGACGAAGAAGUCAAGGAUGAAAUCAUGGUUGUCUUGCGUCGCAUGUAUGGUGAUGAUAUUCCUGAGCCUACUGAUUUCAAGUUCCCUCGCUGGCAUAGCAACCCAUUGUUCCGUGGUAGCUAUAGCAACUGGCCCAUUGGUGAGAUGGAUGAGCACCAUGUCAACAUGAAGGCUCCCCUGAAUAACAGAGUGUUCUUUGCUGGCGAAGCCACUUCUACAGAGUAUUAUGGAUUUUUGCAAGGUGCUUGGUUCAGUGGUGCUGAAGCCGGCUUAAAGGUCUCUAAAUGCGUCAAGGGCAAGUGUCCUCGAUCUGAGUAUUACCCUGAGAUUACCAAUGCCAAACUUCAUGCCAGCGCCAUCCGUAACACACUCUCCAAAAAAUAG